CAGGAACUGAACCUGUAACCCUUUGGUGCAUGGGACAGUGCUCCCACCAACGGAGCCACCCGGCCAGGGCCGUGUGCACUUCCAAAGUCACAUGCACACAUUGUGUAAAGACUUGCUGACUGAAACAACCUCUUUUCUGUUUUGUUUUAGGGAUAAUGACUCUUCUUCUCGCCUAAGUUGAAUAAGCACCUCGUGCACUUUAAUCUUCUGUCAGCGCCAUCAGGCCGACUGAAGACAGGGCUUUGAAAUCUCAGCUAUAAAGACUCCAGCCAAAGUCUCAAUCUUGCCUUAACAAUGUUCCAGAGACUGAAUAAAAUGUUUGUGGGUGAAGGCAAUGCUUCUUCCAACCAAGCACCAGAAUUCAGUGAGAAAGAAGAUGAUGAAUGGAUUCUGGUUGACUUCAUAGACACUUGCACUGGUUUGUCAGCAGCUGAAGAUGAGGAAGAAGACAUCAGUGAAGAGUCACAUGCCGAACACCCUUCCGUCUUCUCCUGUUUACCUGCAUCUCUUGAGUGCUUGGCUGAUACAAGUGAUUCCUGCUUCCUCCAGUUUGAAUCCUGUCCGAUGGAAGAGAGCUGGUUUAUCACCCCUCCACCGUGUUUCACUGCAGGAGGAUUAACCACUAUCAAGGUGGAAACCAGUCCUAUGGAAAACCUUCUGAUCGAGCAUCCCAGCAUGUCUGUCUACGCCGUGCAUAACACCUGCCCUGGUCUCAACGAGACCAGCUGUGGGGCUGACGAAUUUCAUAACCCAGGUGGUCCCAGAGAGGAAGCUCAGGGUGAAGUGGCGCCACACAUUCACUGCUAUGUUGCAGCUGUUGCUGCUCAUACAGCUUUUCUGGAGCAACCCAAGAGCUUUCGCCCUUCCCAGUGGAUAAAAGAACACAGUGAAAGACAGUCUCUGAACAGAAAUAGCCUUCGUCGCCAAAAUCUUACCAGGGAUUGCCACUCUCGGCAAGUCAAGCACAAUGGUUGGGCUGUCCAUCAGCCCUGCCCACGUCAGUACAAUUACUAAGAAUUUCAAGUUUGGUUGGUUGGUUUCCCUUGGUUUGUACAUGUAUAUGUGGAUGUCUGUGCUUGGAUGUGAAGUCUCUUUACAGCCACUUGAUGACCAAUCACAUAGUAGUUUUAUCAGUGUGUUUAGACACUAUCUUGAAAACCAGAUUCACAUGCUGUGUAUCACAUAAUGCCUUGCUCUUAACAUUUACUUUUUUGUAAAUUUUUUCAGAAUAUUUUUGGAAACAUAUCAAUACAAUUACAGUGUUUGGUGUUUGCAGAUGUCUUUAAAUCUAUUAAAGUGUACAUGAGUUAGCAUUUUAAAGAGAUUUCUUCUCAAGUCUGAGAGUAGGCAUCUUUCAGUUUCAUCUUAUUUUGUAUUACUUAAUCAGUCUUUUGAGUAAGCAAAAAUUUAUUCUCAGGGUCAGCCAUACACUUUAUUGACCAGUACUUGAUAAUCUCUUCUGUAUAUAAUGAAUACAUUUUUAUACACUAACAUGAGCAUUAACAGGUUAUAGUUGCCAUGGUUAUAAUGGAAUUAUGGUUGAAUUUUCUUUUGAAAGAAAACUUGAUAUAUUUCUGUGUGUAUGGGUUUUUUUUCCAGAUUAGUCAUGCAGUUCAUUUUGGAAUUCAGGUACAUUAAGUGUUAGUGAGCAGUGCAUCAGUAAUCUGAUAGGACUGUGUGACAUGGUACAGACAUUACUGGUAUCGUGGGAUGAAAGCACUUGUCUCACGUGCAGAGGGAUUAAAUUAGACCUGUGAAAUUGCAUUUAGAAAAAUGUAUGUCCAUAACUAACCCAUUUUCCACUGUUUGGAUUCUUUCCUGCCAGCUCUGCCCACUCACCACCUCACUUCAGCUGUAAAUUCAGAAGUACUUGUCCAGGCACUUGAAUGACUUCAUAUGUAUAUCUUCCCAAGGGAAAGUGAUAGGCUCUGUAUUUCCGAUACAGCAAUAAAUCCUUUGCCAGGGAACCUGUCCUGCCCAGCGGCAAGCAGGGGUGAAGGAAUUCCUGGGGGUGUCUUUUCAUGGCGUCUAUACGAAGGGUGACAGGUCAGCUUCCUUGAGUUUUCAGUUUUUAAGUCUGGCUUCAGGCAGAAUCUUGAACCACUAUGGCCUGUUUCCUCCACCAACAGGGGAGCAGUAAUAGUUACCUCCCUCACCGCUGUUGUGAGGACUGUAUCCUGAUUUGAAGUGGGGCUGUGCAGAACCGUACCUGGUGGGAAAUUCCAAGGGCCUCUCUAUCAAAUCUGGUGAUGGGGGUGGGGCCUGUGGCAGUUUUUCUGCCACAGCUGUUCUUCAGAGUGUUGGUGCUAACGAGGCUAGAGUGCAGGGUUCGAUGCCCAGGGAAGCCAGUUAACUUGACAUGGAGAUCUGUUUCUUACCUCUAGCCAGUCACUUUAGUUUUCAGCAGUUGUAUGGGUUUUGCUGAGCCAUCCACACUCUCACCGAUUUCUUCUGAAAUUAAGUACAUUUACAAUCCAAAGCACAUUCUGCUGACAGAGCAUAUUUUCCUGUCUCUUCUGCAAACCUAAUUAAAUAAGUACACAUCUCUACAAUAUUUCAAGGGAAAAGGCAGCAUAUAGUUAUGUGAAGUAUUAUUCUAUUUCUUAGUAACCCUAUAGUGCUCAAUGCGGGGAACCAUGGGAGACUUUUUUCCAUUGGAGAGCUUUGCUCUUUCCUGACUAGACUGGGAUGUCUGGAGUCUGAAUCGGUCAAUAGUGUAGUUAGGUGGUGGCGUUCGGUGGUUCUUCCCCUGGUGUUGAUGAAGUGCCAGGAAUGUCUCUAGAACAAGAGUCUAUAUCCCCUUCUCUCCUCAUUCCCUUUCCAUUUCAUCUACCCCUUUAUUUAUUUGUUUUCUAAUUAGGGGCCAAGUCUGUCAAGUUUCCUCAAACUGAGCUAGAAGUUAUUUUGUUACUAUUGUGUUUACCUGAGUUGGGAGAUAAGGUCGAGUUUUCAUGAGGGUAUGUAUGUUGUUACAUCAUGCCUGUUAUAGGGCCAUAUACUGGUAACUUGAAGAUAGACCAGCUAAAUGUUUUCUUGAUGUAGCCUCUGAAUACAUGGGCGUCUCUUUUCACAUAUUACAUGCAAACUGUCAGUACCUCACGAGCUGUAGAAGUUCAGCAUGAGAAUUUGUUUGGCAGCAUAAACAAAUUUCUAUGUAAACCUGCAGUGGUCCUUUUUUACUGUUUCUUUUUCAGAUUUCCUGAUACCUUAAACACAUCUCUAUCAGUUACUGCCUUUUUGUUUUCCUUAUCGGGGCCUAGUUUUUUAUGCUUUGUUCCUGGAAGACAAAUGAUUUCAGUCUUUGGGAUGUUUUUUCAGGGUAAAGGCUAUCACACCAUCUGUGAUAUCAUAUUGUGGUUUCUGUCUAAAAGUGGCACAUAUAAGAACUGAAGAAAGUAGUUGCAUAAUUCAGUUGAGGUUCUCAGUCAUUAGAUGUUUGUUAGGCAUCUACUAUGUGCAAGACACAAGACGAGUAAGAUGUUAACAAGUUAAGUAUUCUUUGAAACACGGCCAAAAUACAAUUUAUUAUAAAUUAUUAUUUUUGCUGUUGUAAAUAUUAGUGGUUUACAGUAUGCUUAAGUUCAUAUUUCUUAAAAAUUAAUGCAGUGAGAAAUAAGACACCUUUCAAUUUAGUGCUCUGUUUCUAAACUGAUAAUAUAGAAUGUUACUUGGAAAAAGUCUGGAAUAUGUGGUACCCACAAGCAGUGCUUAUGAAUGAGUUUCUUAGUUUUUAUAACGCAUCACGUUUCUCAGAGUUUUUGUUUCUCUUGUUAAAACAUUUUAUAAUGUAUAUCCUAUGUUUAUUACUUCCUCCUCAACUAAUUGAAUUAUGUACUGCAAUGUAAGUUGAAGAUUCACCAUCCAUUAUUUAUCUUCUGUAGCAAUGCAUUUAAAUAGGUGGCUGAGGGGGGAAUUUUUACAGAAGGUGCAGAGUGUUUGGAUUUUUUACUUCCUAUUCCAGGGAGCUUCCUUUACAUUAAUUUUCUGUUCACUUUUCCAGUUUCCAUGCAAAUAGCUCCUUUUCACAUACCUUCUCUGUUGUGUCAGUACUUUGAUUCUAGUGAGAAGGCAGUUUACUUAAAACUUGAGAGGGCCAUUCAGCAUUGCCUGUUGUUUUUACUUCUUAGAUCUGUGUAGCACUGGUUGGUAGUCCUUAAUUCUUCGUUGAAUCUGUCUUUGCUAUUUCUCUUCCUCCUCAAGGAAAUAUAUUGCCUUUUUUAAAGAGAAAAGAGCAAAGAAGAAUAUCUGUCUUUCUUAUCCUCACUUUCUUUGAGUUGGGGAAAAAAAUGAAGGACUCCAACUAGAAGAUAUAUAUUUAAACUUAAAUAGAUUAAUGGAGAAAGUUUAAGAGUUUCAAGUAUUAAUUUUUGUUUUUAGCAUCAGUUUAGAGACUGCUCCUUGUACUGGAGAUACUAGCAUAUGUUUGUAAUGUUACCUUAAAAUUAUCUUAUUUUAUAAGGCCCAUACAUAGAUUAAAUUCUUUUAAAAGUGGGGCUACUAUCAUGGAUGUUUCACUGCCAUCAGCCAUGUUGAUGCAUUAUAAAUGGCAUCCUUGUCUACUUACUUUAAUGCUUAAAAUUUUAUUUAAAAUGCUUUAUUUAGAAAACCAACACGAUGUUUGGUGUCAGCCUUGCCAUGUACCAGUUCACUUGAAAUUGACACCAAUUACAGUGGUUUGGAGUGGAGGAGGUGGUCCUGGACAGCAUAUGGAUAGGAUAUAUUUUUCUAUUUGCAACAGUAUCUUUUAUAUGGGAGAAGUUACUAUUCAAAGGAAGGCAGCUUAAGUGGAUAAUGUUUUGUAUAUCAUUGAGAAUUUUCCUUAAAACACUUUUUAAAAAUUGUAUAAUUGUUAAAUGCCCAGUUUUGCUCUGUAUUUGCCUUAAGUUUUAGUAUUCGUUUUCUAGAUGGACUUCUGAAAACCAGUACUUGGGGAGGUUAGAUGUGUAUGUUUCCAGGCUUGGUGUGUUUGAGUGGUUUUGCUUGCUUUUUGGUUGUAUUUUCCUCCAGAAGCGUGGAACUUUAAUAAUUCUGUGUGUUAUUUAAAGAAAAAAAGGGGCUUUGUUGUUUUUUUCUCUCAAGUAAAAUUGUGAAUACAUUUGCUUUACAAGGGCAGGGCGUCAUUUAUAGAGACUGAAGAGUAUUGUAGGUUGUACUAUGUGCCUUCUUGAUGUGUUUCUGGACACAAAAUUUUUUCAACAACUUGAAAACUAAAAAAGGGACAUUUGGUUAGGUUAUAUACUGUACAUCAAUCUAUGCAUAAAUGGCAGCUUGUUUUCUUGAGCCACUGUCUAAAUUUUUCUGUUUUUAUAGAAAUUUUUUAUACUGAUUAGUUCAUAGCUGGUCAGUUUUAUACACAGACUAAACAAUACAGCACUUUGCCAAAAAUAAGUGUAGCAUUGCUUAAAAAUUGUGUAUUAACACCAGUUCUUUGUAAUCGGCUUCAGUGGUGCAUUUUGCACCACCUGGAGUUAUGGUUAUUAAUCUGUCAGUAAAUAAAAUGUCCUUUAACUUCA